AUGACUGACAGACACAAUUUCCGGUGUCGCCACCUUCUUUGUCUCCGGUGCAGCGUCUCGAUACGAAGGCUCUGGCCGUUUUUUUCCACUUAGUUUUUGAGGAUAUAUUUACACAUAUAUCCCUAAUUUUCCAAUAUUGAAUGACAGUCGACUCUGAAAUAUUUAUGCCGAAAAGUAAAGCGCCCAAAAUGGAUGACCUGGACUACAUCCCAGUAGACCUGAGCCCAGAGGAGCGCUCUGAGCUCGAGGACAUCCGCAGGAGAAAAGGCGUCCUCCUCCAAGAGAUCCAGAGGCUCAGGGAGGAAUUAAGAGAAGCCAUUAUGGAGGUGGAGGGACUGGAGACAAGCACAGAGGGCAGUAAAACUCUACAGAAAAGCAGGCAUGUGGCAAUGGGAAGGAAGAAAUUCAACAUGGACCCAAAAAAGGGCAUUGUGUUUCUGGUGGAGAACGAGAUGCUCAGACACACUUCAGAGGACGUCUCUCAGUUCUUGUACAAAGGAGAAGGACUCAACAAGACGGCUAUAGGAGAUUACCUGGGAGAAAGGGACGAAUUCAACCUCAAAGUUCUUCAGGCUUUUGUGGACCUCCAUGAGUUCACUGAUCUCAACCUCGUCCAGGCUCUCAGACAGUUCCUGUGGAGUUUCCGUUUGCCCGGUGAAGCUCAAAAGAUUGACAGAAUGAUGGAGGCUUUUGCUCAGAGAUAUUGCCACUGCAACCCCGGUGUCUUCCAGAGUACAGACACAUGUUAUGUGCUGUCAUUUGCCAUCAUCAUGCUGAACACGAGCCUCCAUAACCCCAACGUGAGGGACAAGCCCGGACUGGACCGCUUCAUCUCCAUGAACCGAGGCAUCAACGAGGGAGGAGACCUGCCGGAGGAUCUGCUCAGAAAUCUCUACGAAAGCAUAAAAAAUGAGCCCUUCAAGAUCCCAGAGGACGACGGCAACGACCUGACUCACACGUUCUUCAACCCGGACAGAGAGGGCUGGCUCCUUAAACUCGGUGGACGGGUGAAAACCUGGAAACGGCGGUGGUUCAUUCUCACAGACAACUGUCUUUAUUACUUUGAAUACACCACAGAUAAGGAGCCACGAGGUAUAAUUCCUUUGGAAAACCUAAGUAUCCGUGAGGUGGAAGAUCCAAGGAAACCAAACUGCUUUGAGUUGUACAUCCCCAACAACCGCGGUCAGCUGAUUAAGGCUUGUAAGACCGAGGCUGAUGGGAGAGUGGUGGAGGGGAACCACAAUGUUUAUCGCAUCUCCGCCCCCACACCUGAGGAGAAGGAUGAGUGGAUCCAUAGCAUCAAAUCUGCCGUCAGUGUGGAUCCCUUCUAUGAAAUGCUCGCAGCCAGGAAGAAACGUAUAUCACUGAAGAAGAAGGAGGAACAACCGUAAAUGAAGCCCUUCCUUCACUCCGUCUUCCUCUGUGCUUAACAUCUCUCCUUCCAACAUGGGACGCAUUUUUUUCUCUGCUCUUUGCUACCUGCAGUUGCAGGUUUUUGUUUUCCCACCUUCCCUCAUGCAUCCAGAGUGAAGAGCUCAUCCACUAAUGCUGCUUGUUAUCUUAGUUCUUGAUGCUACUCAACACACUACAGCCACAACACGCCUGUCCUGUCCUCUCACCACAUCUCUCAUUCAGCAUUUCAUUAAACUGUGAAACAAGUCAUAAGCCAUAUUCACACUAGUGCAGACCAUUUCAAAAACAGCUUUCCUGUUUUGGCCUUUAAUUUAUUCACAAUAAAUUUACAAAUGUUGGGCACGAGUAGGAUUCAAAAAGGCUAAGACUUCCAUAAUUUCUGGUUGUCUUGGUCCAUUUUAAGAAUCUUGUAUAGGUGCUAUUUCCUCUACACAGUUAAUUUACAAAUUCGCUCUGCAGAAAUACUUAUGGUUAUUGGUGCAUGUCUAAUGGAAGCCAUCUUAUAUUUGUGUAUUUUAUUGGCUUUUCAGCAUCUAUAAGAUUCUCAAUCUCAAAAGUCCCCAUUAGUGUGAAUAUGGUUUUAUUCAGGGUAGCAAGCAGCUUCAGUUGUCAUGAAUUCUUCUUUCAGGUGGAUGAAUGCUGCCUAAAUGAGAAAUUGCCUUUCGUGAUCGUGCUUGACACAGACAAAAUGUGAAUUCACUAUUCAACACACUAAAUCUGGUUUCAUUUGGUCAGGAAGGAGGAAAACAAAAGCAGCAAAUGAUUUUAGAUUUCUGAGAUGUGUCCAUUACUCAAUGGCUUUAGAUACACGAUACAUCUGUCCAUCGUAAUAUCGGCUCUUAUACACUGUAACCAAUAUGUGAGGGAAAUGGCACUGCUCAUAUCACCAGGCUACUGAUGAUCUUAAGAUAUGAUUGCUCCUUGAGACAACAAAAAAUCACUAAAGUAUUAAAGGACCAGUGUGUAGGAUUUAGAGGGAAUAUGUUGGUAUAAAUUAAGAUAAUAUUCACAAGUAUGUUUUCAUUUGUGUAUGAUCACCUGACACUAGGAUUUAUAUAGGGUGGGUCCUUCACAGCUACAGAGACACGGUCUUGGAUGUGACCUUUCUGGUUUUGGGCCACUUACGAUUCUCUUGCAUGCUUUUAAAGGGAAGGGUGACAGGUGGGGUAUAAUUCUGGUUGCAAUUUUCUAUCUCACCACUAGAUAGCGGUAAAUCCUACACGCUGGUCUUUCAAGUAGUUAGUCUUCUUGCUAACAGCUGCUUUCAGCUCACAGAGAAAACUUGUAUAUUUUCUUCAGCAUGUCUGAAAACCAGUGAAAUAGAAACCCAGUUCGGGUCUUCGUUAUCGAUUCCUUUUAUAACACUAUAGUGCACAGUUAUCAUCAUGUCCUCUCAUAUUUAACCUCGCAGCAUGCCAUAAACCAUUUCCUGCUUGUUCAGCACUACUAGACAACCACUGAACUCUCUCUCUCUCUCCCUCUAGUAAUAACAUCCCUUAGAAACAGAUCUGUCCGCUUUCGCGAGUUUCAUGAAUCACAAAGGCAGCUCAUUACAAUGUAUACUUUUUGUAAAUAGAUGUUAGCAUAUUUGUUUACGAUACACAUAGAAAUGAUUUAAUUUAUUCUUUAUCUUUUGUUAAAUUCAGAUUUUUGUACGAGCUACUGUAGACCUGCAUGUUGAUAAACGGAGGCAUCGGUUGUAGUCACCGAUGCGUCGAUGAUCAUGCUAGUGCACUGAUUUGAAAAGUGUUAGUGUUCCCUGUUGACUUAGACAAACUGCUUUUAAUGUGGAGGCGGAUUUAUGCCUAAAGUAAAUUGUCACUAUUAUUAGUUUCUUUAGAAAAGAUAAUUGGGAGAUGUGGUCUGAUUUAAUUCCAGAUCUUGAUGUAAAUCAGACUCAGUAAAGCACAAACAGAAAUUACUGUCACUGUCUGUUAAAGUAAUGUUUUUAUACCAUUGGCUGCCUGCUGUCCUGCAAUUUUAAACCAUAUUACAGUGAUAAAAACGAACAGACGAAAAAACAAGGAACACUAAUAAUCUUUGAUUCAUUACGUGAUAGUAAAGUCAUUCAGAUGUAAUGAAUCACUAACAAGUUAAGCUUUGUGUCCAGUGAUAGAUUUGCUUGACUUCCAGUUCAUAAACUGUUAUUUCUGGUAGUUUAUUGAAGUUGGCAUUUUUAGAUGGUAGGAACAAUUAUCUACUGCACUUUAUCAAUUUUAGCAUUUUGAAGAAAAUGCUGUGACUUUGACUGACAAUACAACUCCGGUACUGUGUAGCGCCCUCUACUGGUGGUCCAACAGAGACACAAAUACAUGCACACUGCAAUAUGCGGAUGGAUGAAUCACGAACUGUGUUGAAAUGUACAACGCCAUCUGCUAGGAACAGUUUCUGUAUUAGCUCAUCUGAUAGAGAUUGUUUCGCAUUAAGCUGAACGGGCUCUUUUCUGUGUGAUCGAAAUAUUUCCACCUUUUUUUUAAAGACACAGCCAGUGAUUGGUCAUUGGAGCACAGAUCAAUGAUUGCCUUUUACUCUUCCACUUCAUCAAACUGACCUGAAGGCCUACUUGUACAGCCAUGUUAGUGCACAGAGCACAUGGGCUGUCUGUAGGUCUCCACCUUCUGGGUAUUCUUGAAGUGCAAAGUUGCCAAAAACACUUAAUGUUUCCUUUAUAACAGAACGAACACAGAAAUGAAUCCAACCAAAACUGGUCCUCUGUCUCUGAUUCCUUUGACCGCCAGAGUCGAAAAAACACCUUUAUUUUGUAUUUAUUUAUUUUUAUUUACUGUGAGGUGAAGAUGGAUAGAUCAUCUGUACAUGUAGCAAAAGGAAAACCACGAUUCAUUGGUGCCAGAAAACGACUGUGUAACAAUAAACGGUGAACAGAGA